AAUCCCUGGUUUGAGCGAUGGUCUACCUUCAACCGUUUAGUUCGAGUGAUCGCUCAUUGUGUCUUGUUCAUCCGCAAGGCAAGGCAGCGAGCAGGGGAUCGUGCUGCUGCCAACAAGAACCAACAUCCCAAGAAGCAGAAUGCAACCAUCAGAUGCAACUGAGGGUACAGCAGUUCUGGAAGCACUGGAAGAGCGAAUAUCUACAGGAGCUGCAGAAGGAUACGGUGCGCGCGUCCCGUAACAAUGGAAUUCGCCUUGGACGUAUGGCGAUCCUGAUCGAUGAGAUGCUGCCUGUUACGCGUUGGCCUCUGGCUCGUAUUACUAAGAUCCAUCCAGGGAAGGAUGGGAUUCCGCGGGUAGUGAGUGUUCGUACCGCACAUGGCGAUAUGACGCGCCCUAUAACCAAAAUAUGUUUACUUCCUGACUCGCAGGAAUAAUGCUAAGAUAAUAGGAGUAGGGUUGGAAGUGGUAUGACUAUGAAUUAUUGACAUUCUGUCAAGGGUGGGAGGAUGUUCGCGCAGAUUGUUUAAUAACGAUUUUAUGUUGAAAUUUGAAAUAUCAUUCAGUGUUGC